AUGGCGUGUUUGAUGGCCGCCUGGUCCGUGCACAACGCCACCGUCACCAACUCCAUCAUCCUGACCUCAAACGGGCCUCCAGACCUCAUGUUGGACCCGAGCGCCGUCACCGUGUGUUUGGACGACUGCGCCCGGAGCUCCGCCCCCUGCACCCGGAGCUCCUCUCACUGCGUUCGCAGCCCCGCCCCCUGUCCCGGACGCCCCGCCCCCUGUCCCGGACGCCCCGCCCCCUCCGUCACCGAGGCGCAGCGUUUCAGUUCGUUGCCGCGGCGACCGGCCGUAAACAUCCGCUUCAUCGACGUGAGCUACUCUGUCCCCGAGGGCCCCUGGUGGAGGAGACGAGGGUCUAAGUUCCUCCUGCGGGGGGUGUCGGGGACGUUUCACAGUGGGGACCUCGUGGCCAUAAUGGGGCCCUCAGGAGCCGGAAAGUCCACGCUCAUGAACGUCCUGACGGGCUACAGGGAGACGGGCAUGUCCGGACACAUCCUGAUAAACGGGCGCCCUCGUGCCCUCAGGUCCUUCAGGAAGGUGUCGUGUUACAUCAUGCAGGAGGACAUGCUCCUGCCGCACCUGUCGGUCACCGAGGCCCUGGAGGCGUCAGCCGACCUCAAACUGCACGAGCGCAGGGCAGAGCGCGGCGCCAUGGUGCAGGAGAUCCUGGUGGCUCUCGGGCUCUUGGACUGCGCUCACACUCGGACGUCGCACCUGUCGGGGGGUCAGAGGAAAAGACUCGCCAUCGGCCUGGAGCUCGUCAACAACCCGCCCGUCAUGUUCUUCGACGAGCCCACCAGUGGUCUGGACAGCUCGUCGUGUUUCCAGGUCGUGUCGUUGCUUAAAGCUUUGGCUCGCGGCGGCCGAACCGUCGUCUGCACCAUCCACCAGCCCAGCGCCAAAAUCUACGAGCUCUUCGACCAGCUGUACGUGCUGAGUCAAGGUCAGUGCAUCUAUCGAGGUCCAGUGAAGCGUCUGGUCCCGUAUCUACGACAACUGGACCUCAACUGCCCCACGUACCACAACCCGGCCGACUACGUGAUGGAGGUGGCGUCUGGCGAGCACGGGGAUCAGAGCGCACGAUUGGUCAGAGCCGCUCAGGAGGCGGACCCUAAACCCGAGACGCCACUCGACCUCAACGCCGACCACACGCUGCUAUGGCAACAGGCCCAGGAGGUAAGUCCCCACGGCAACGGGUCCCCACGCCAACAAUCGUGUCACAGUUUCUCGGUGUCGUGUUUUUCUCAGUUUUGGAUUUUAUUCAAACGAACUUUUGUCAACAUCCUGAGAGACCAGGUCCUGACUCACCUGCGUUUCCUGUCUCACCUGUUCAUCGGUCUUCUUAUCGGACUUCUGUAUUUGGGAAUUGGAAACGAGGCCAAGAAAGUUCUGAGUAACUCGGGGUUUCUCUUCUUCUCCAUGUUGUUCCUGAUGUUCGCCGCGCUCAUGCCCACCGUGCUCACCUUCCCUCUGGAGAUGGGCGUUUUUCUGAGGGAACAUCUGAACUACUGGUACAGCCUCAAGGCCUAUUACCUCGCCAAGACCACAGCCGACAUCCCCUUCCAGGUGCUGUUUCCGGUCCUGUACUGUAGUCUGGUUUACUGGAUGACGUCCCAACCCGCAGACGCGGCUCGUUUCUUUCUGUUUGUGUCGUUCGGGGUCAUGACGUCGCUCACGGCCCAAAGUCUGGGACUUUUGAUCGGAGCCGCCUCCACCUCCCUGCAGGUGGCGACCUUCGUGGGUCCGGUCACGUCGAUCCCGGUUCUUCUUUUCUCCGGUUUCUUCGUGAGUUUCGACACAAUCCCCUGGUACCUGCAGUGGAUGAGCUACUGCUCCUACGUCAGGUACGGCUUCGAGGGUGUGAUCCUGUCGAUCUACGGUCUGGACAGGGCGCCCCUGCACUGCGACCCUGGCGACACCUGCCGUUUCAGAGACUCGGCGGCGAUUCUGGAGGAACUGGACAUGAGCGGCGCCCAAAUCCACCGAGACUUCCUCCUGCUCAGCCUCUUCUUCCUCUGCCUGCGUCUGCUCGCCUACGGAGUCCUGCGCUACAAGAUCCACGCCCAGAGAUAGACCUGGACCAGGACCAGGACUGAGACCAAGACCAGGACCGAGACCAGGACCGAGACCGAGACAAGAACCACAACCAGAACCACGACCUCUGCCUGCGUCUGCUCGCCUAUGGAGUCAUGCGCUACAAGAUCCACGCCCAGAGAUAGACCGAGACCGGGACCAGGACUAGACCAGGACUAGACCUGGACUCUGUGGGUGUGUCUAAACGGACUUAGACUGGCGGUGUUUGGAGCUGGCCUCUGAUUGGCUGAAGUCUGAGCAUCUGUGUUUUCAUUGGCUCAAGUUUUUCAAAUAUUAAGAAAAGAUUUUCCCUCCAAAACUGAGGCUCGUCCUAAAGACACACUGUGGGACAUUUCACACAUGACACACACACACACACAGACACACACACACAACACAGAGACACACACACACACAUAGAGACACAGACACAGACACACACACAC